GCACUUAGAGCAGCCGCCAGCUCCACCCAAGCCUGUUACCUGCCUGUAUUCACCUCCUCUUGCCCAGGAGGCAAAGACAGAGCCAGGAAGGUGGCCAGUCAUGUCCAGGGUUGCAGCGAGGCUGUGCCAAGAAAGAGCGGCUGCAGAUGGGCUGGGAUCCAACAGGAAUGCCAUCAAGUAUUUGAAGCAGGACUACGAAGCCCUGAAGCAGCAGUGCCUGCAGGCUGGCACUCUGUUCAAGGAUGAGGAGUUCCCAGCUUGUCCUUCCACACUGGGCUACCGAGAUCUGGGACCGUAUUCCUUCAAAACCCAGGGGAUAGUCUGGAAGCGCCCCACGGAGUUGUGCGCCAACCCUCAGUUUAUAGUUGGAGGAGCUACUCGGACAGAUGUCUGCCAAGGAGAGCUGGGUGACUGCUGGCUCCUGGCUGCCAUUGCCUCUCUCACUUUGAAUCCAGACAUUCUGUACCGCGUUGUUCCCAAGGCUCAGAGUUUCCAGAGGGACUAUGCCGGGAUCUUUCAUUUUCAGUUCUGGCAGUACGGGGAGUGGGUGGACGUCGUGGUGGAUGACCGGCUGCCCACCAGGAACGGGAAGCUGCUCUUCGUGCACUCGGAGGAAGGCAAUGAGUUCUGGAGCGCGCUGCUGGAGAAGGCGUAUGCCAAGUUGAACAGCUCUUAUGAAGCUCUCAUAGGAGGGUCCACUAUAGAGGGAUUUGAGGAUUUUACUGGAGGCAUCUCCGAGUCCUAUGAACUGCGGAGGGCUCCUUCAAACCUGUAUCAAAUCAUCCAGAAGGCUCUGAGAGCUGGGUCGCUGCUUGGCUGUUCCAUCGAUAUAACAUCUGCAUCUGAAAUAGAAGCAAUCACAAGUCUGAAGUUGGUAAAGGGACAUGCUUACUCUGUCACUGGAGCAGAAGAGGUAUAUUACAGAGGACGGCUAGAGAAACUAGUGAGGCUUAGAAAUCCCUGGGGUGAAGUGGAGUGGACUGGAGCUUGGAGUGAUAAUGCUCCUGAAUGGAAUUACAUUGAUCCGAAACAAAAACAAACUCUGGAUAAGCAAGUAGAUGAUGGAGAGUUUUGGAUGGCGUUUUCAGAUUUUCAAAGGCAGUUCACCCGGCUUGAGAUCUGCAACUUGACUCCUGACACUCUGACAAGCAACGAGGUCAAUAGAUGGGACCUGACCCUGUUUAAUGGGCAGUGGAGACGGGGUUCAACUGCUGGGGGCUGCCAGAACUACCAAGCAACAUACUGGACCAAUCCCCAGUUUAAAAUCCGGUUGGAAGAACCAGAUGAUGACCAUGAAGGAAGUCUGAAUGAGCCAUGCUGUACCAUACUGGUAGGCUUGAUGCAGAAGUACCGCAGGAGACAGAAGAAGAUGGGAGAAGCUCUGCUUAGUAUUGGUUAUUCGCUCUAUGAGCUGGAAAACCACACAGACAUUCAUAUGAACCGUGCUUUCUUCGCACGGAACCAACCGGUAGCCCGCUCUGAUCCUUACAUCAACCUGCGUGAAGUCUCGAGCCGCAUGAAGCUGCCCCAGGGCGAGUACCUCAUUGUGCCAUCCACUUUUGAGCCUUACAAAAACGGAGAGUUCUGCCUGCGAGUGUUUUCUGAGAAGAAGGCUAAAACACAGAUAAUAGGUGAUGUGGUGUCUGCAAAACCAUACGAGCCUCAUGUUGAUAACAAAGAUACAGAUGAUGAGUUCAAGGCUCUGUUUCAAAAGCUCUCUGGAGAGGACUGUGAAGUGACUGCAAUUAAACUUAAGACUAUCCUAAACCAGGUUUUGGCUAAAAGAAAGGAUAUUAAAAGUGAUGGAUUCAACAUUAACACUUGCAGAGAGAUGAUCAGCCUUUUAGAUACCAAUGGGACUGGCACCCUGGGACUUGUAGAGUUCAAGACACUUUGGAUGAAGAUUCAAAAGUACUUGGAAAUCUAUAAGAGAGUGGACAGUGACUACUCUGGCACCAUAGACUCCCACGAGAUGCGAAAUGCCCUCAGAGAGGCAGGUUUCAUGCUCAACGAUCAGAUGCAGCAUAGCAUUGUCAUCCGCUAUGCCUGCAGCAAGCUGUCCAUUGACUUCGAUGGCUUCGUGGCCUGUAUGAUCCGCUUGGAGACCCUGUUCAAAGUGUUUCAUCUUCUGGACAAAAAGAAGAGUGGAGUCAUACAACUCUCUCUGGCUGAGUGGCUGUGCUGCACACUGGUUUGAACCACGGUCAAUGAAUACAGCAGAGACUUCUGAGGCUCUUCUGAACAUGGAACCACUCAUUUGGCUUCUCCUUGUUAUGAAAAACAGAAACUGGUUUUUCUUACUGGCAAGUUAUUUUAAACCCACUAGAAAUGAAGUCUUCUGCCAUCAGUUAUAAAAGAAAUGCAUUCUUGAAUGAAAAAAGAUAAACAACUGAAACAAACC